CCAGUUUUCCCCGAACGCAACAAAAUUUAUCAUUUGUACAGUAUUGCUAUUUUAUCGGCUCAUAUCUGUGACAUGUUUUACGCAAUUCUUAAUUCAGGUACUUUUCCAGAUGCGUGGACAGAAGGAAUUAUUUUACCAAUUCAUAACAAGGGCUCAUAAAUGACGUCAAUAACUAUCGAGGCAUUACUCUACUAAGUUGUUUAUCCAAAGUAUUUACAACAUUAUUUAAUAAGCGUAUCAAGAAAGUCUGUAAUGACAAUAACAUUAUCUCGGACGCAUAAUUCGGAUUUCAGAAAGGGCAAUCUACUAUUGAUGCGGCGUUCAUUCUCAUUUCUUUAAUUCAACAUUGUUUUUAUGAAAACACGUGCUUGUAUAUUAUUUUCGUCGAUAUGAUGAAAUGCUUCGAUUUUAUUUAUAAAAAUAUAAUUUCCGGUAAAAUUCUUAGAAUUGUACGCGAUAUGUAUAGUAAAGUAACAUCGUGCGUAAAACCUUGUUCCUCAUAUUCUGAUUUCUUUUCAUUUGCAGUAGGGCUUCGUUAAGGGGAGGUACAGUCACCUCUGUUAAUUUCUAUAUUUGGAGGACCUUAAUUUGUUUCUACAAAAAUCUAACAUACAAAUCGAUGAUAUUGUGCUUAUAGUUCUAUUUCUUGCCGAUGACAUGGCUAUUGUUGGUAAAUCACCGAAUGAAAUUCAGAUUCAAUUGGAUAAUUUUUACGAGUAUAGCAAAACUUGGGGCUUACAAGUUAACACAGACAAAAUAAAGAUUAUGGUUUUUCGAACGAGAUGUGGACUAUUGCGCUCCGAAAAAAAGCAUUCGACUGUGUUAGAAACGAAAACAGUAUGACCACAAACACAGUGAUACCUUCUCGAAAGAUGACUGAGAUCUCGGUCUGACACAUCUGGCCGAGCACGCAAUCAAUACUAAUAAUGCGGCCUCUGUAAAACAAAGGCCAAGGACUGUCCCACUAGCUUAUGCCGAGGCAGAAAAGCAAGCAAUAUAAGACCGGUGGCAUAAAGGUGUUAUCCGUGAGAGCACCUCUUCAUGGGCAAGCCCAAUUGCCCUGGUGAAGAAAAGGGACGGGUCGGUUCGACCAUGUGUGGACUAUAGGAGGGCGAAAGCUUUAGUCUAGCAGGACGGUUUCCCGUUGCCAAGGGUGCAGGAUUGCUUAGACGCAGUAGCAGGAUCGAAGUACGUCAGCAGCUUGGACUUUACGUCAGAUUAUUUCCAGAUUGCCAUACCGGAAGCAGAUAUACCCUAAGAGCCUUCGUUUGCAAGUUCGGGCUAUUCGAGUUGACACUUAUCCGUUUGGGCUCAAUAAUGCCGCUAGUACCUUUCAGAGGACGAUGGAGUUGGCACUUUAAGGGCCUGCACUGAUUGACCUGUCUGGCGUACAUCGAUGGCAUCAUUUACCACGCUUAUUUUGAAGGUCAUAUAAGCCGGGUGGACGAGGUGCUCAGCCAUACACAUGUCACCUGCUACAAACCAAGGUGCGAUUUUAAAACCAUGUCGUGUCAGAGGAAGGUUUACAGUCGGACCCCACCAACGUAGCCAAAAUUCUUGAGUAGCCGAAAUCAAACACCACAAAAGUAGGUAAGGUAAUUCGUGGCAACCGGGUCCUACUACAGGAGAUUCAUCAAAGUUUUUGCUCGCAAGCCCGCCCUCUGAUACAACUCACUUGCAAGGACGCAUUUUCUCACUGGGAUGACACGCAAGAAGAAGCUUUUAAGGCCAUUACAGAGGCACUGGUGAGUCCGGAAGUGAUGGGCUAUCCACUCAAUGAUGGCGGAACAUUCUUGUUGAUGUAGCUGUUUCUGGCCUUGGAAUGGGUGGCGUACUGUCACAGGAACAAGAAGGUCGUGAGCGGGUCAUCUCUUACGCAAGCAGAGUUAUGAACCGUGCUUAAAGAAAUUACUGCAUCACUGAACAAGAGUUGUAAGCCGUUGUUUACUUUAUCCAGUACUUUCGUCAGUAUUUGCUAGGUCGCCAUUUCGUUGUUAGAAGUCUUGUUCGGCGUUUCAGUAUGUUAAGUUCCUCUUUGACAUUGUUAACCAAGAAAUGUUUAUACAAUAUGUUAUAAAGUUUACGCCGAGGUUACAUUUACAUGUACGGUUUGGAAAGUGGCAGUACAUGCUUUUUCUUACUUUGGGAAACACCGCGAGGCACUAUUAGGCUUUGGAUUAAAGGGUUGUAACUUAAUCACUUAUAACAAAAUUUAAUACCGUUCCAGAUCACGAUGAAAGCCGCCAACGGAGGUUUACUGUACCGGUGUGUCUACUGCGAAAAGAUCGAUCGCAAGGGUAGACUUACGGACCAUGUGUUGAGGGACCACGUCGCCAUUGAAAAACGUUCCGUUUCAUUGUCGGCUGUUCAAGUUUUGCACUCAGGACAGGCUGAAGUUCCAUGAGCAUUUGACAAAUUGUGGUCGGCAUCAGCAAGCGGCUGCAAAGUUAGGGCGAAUGCUGAAUUAUCGCGAGCUUUUGGUUAAGACUCCGUCACCACGUUUCGUGACAGAAGCGGACAUAAUUCAACUAUCUUCUACUCAAGAUGUAGCAGCCGAGAAGGAGGUUCCCUGCCAGACUGGCUGACUAAGGUUACGCCAGUAGUGGCCACACCCUCUGAGUCAGUCGCGAUGUACAGCACAAGCAUCAGAGCGACAGAGCCGUACCGACCUGAGGCCCCAGAGCUGACGUUCUACAGUAUGCCUGAGGUACCGGCCAUCACCAGGUUCACUACCCUUCCCUACAUGAGCAGGAUCUUCACUCCAACACAGUCGCCUAUCAGGACAUCGGCACCGCUCAUCGUCUGGCCCCUUGGCACGCCUCUCGAGAUACUGAACACACCAAAGGCUGUCAGACGCACGCCCCAGGAGUUCAUCCAGGGGGUCAAUACCGCUGCGACGCAGGUAUCCGCCAAGGUAGCUGAUAAAGGCACCCAGGUAGAUGGUGAGGAUCAGCUCAUUACGGAGCUCCGAAGGCUGUCAAGGGUUAUCGAUGAAAGCACCAGAGCCUCAGUCGAUGCCGCCAGAAGAGCCUCAGAUGUCCUCCAAGAGGUCAGACGUAUUGAACGAAGUAUAAGGACAGCUGUACGAAAUACGGAAACAGCAGAUGGCGAACCGCUACGGAAUAAACUCAUAAGCAUUAACAAUCUUAUCAUUAUGAGGAAUAUACAUUUGUAAAUGUAGAAUUAUGCAAUUUAGUGUGCCUCCCAUCAUUUAAGACAUAGGCCGCAGUAAAGAUUUUUCGUGUUUGUUGUUCAAACUCUUUUAUAGUUAGGAUUGUUAAUAUUUGUUGUGUUUCUGUUUUUAUCUAGGCAAAGGACACUUAAUUAAUUACGUAAAGCAGUUGACAUUUGUCUUUAAAUGCUUAAGGUAUUAAUUAGAAAAGUUACUGAUGUGGGUGAUUUUUGAACCACGCUAUUGAAUUUAUGAAUAUCAACACUCUCAUUUUCAAGUAUCAAAAGUGUAAGGCCGCUGGAGCUUGACCUUUUAGUUCCAAGGGGUAUUAAUGCAAAAACAAACUUUAUUUCAUGCUUUAUAGAUUGUUACUGAUACAACUCACAAGAAGGCAUCGUUUAGCCCUUCAAGUAAUUUAUGACAGCACGAUUUUAGUAAGAUCCAUAACAAAGCUCUAAUUAUAUCCAAAUCAGGCUAUCUUAGUCCUUAAAUUAUGUUUUCUUUCAUACUCGAGUAUAAAUUCCGCUCCGUGUCAUGGCCACGGUAACAUUGUUAAGUCGAGAAAUGUCUGACUUUUAAGAUUUUUAAAUAUCAGUUUAAAGGUCAUGUUACGUUAAUUUAAUGGUACUUAAUAGAUUAUGGUAGAUCAGGUCCUAGGCAAUAUAUUCCAUAUUUUUUGCUGAUAAAAUUUGUCAUAAAUGGUUUUAAACAGCUCAUUUUUAUUUUUAAUACUUUAUUGUUAAAAUCGGAAAAUAUUUCGUCCGCCACAUUGCUUCCGGCGUUGCCUAAGAACUGUAGAAUACUUGUAUCACAUUUUACGUCAUCGACCAAUAAUUUUGGUCGUGAGCGUCUGGUCUCUCAUAUUCUAACGCGUGUGAACGUGGGUUAGUUUACAUACUGUUGAAUGACAAUUUGACUAAACAUAUCGUUCCAUUCUUUAUUUGUGUCCAUAUGUUACAUGAAUAAUUUUGUAAAAACGGAAACGUCGUCUGUCGAUUCAUUUAAGGUUACACACUACCAAGUUAUAUUUACUUUCGCUCGGAACGCAACAAUAUCACAUAUCGUUACUAUAAAUAUUAACAAAACGGCGUCGCGAGCUGGAACAAACUGGAGGGGGUCCAGCAAUUACACUGGAGCAGUGGGAGGAAAAAAUGAUAGAGCUUAUUGGCGAAGAGUCGAUUGUGGGGUUCGGUGGUGUGGACACGUUUGCUGUGCAACAACACAACAGCCGAUGAUUGCAGAGCACCAUGGUCAAUCAUGCAGUACGAUGUGUGUGGAGCCCAAUGUAGCUUUAGAACCCCAGGUGGUAGGAGGAGUCGCAACUCCAAACCAAAAAACAAAAAUGAGUCCAGGCAUGAAAAACAAAAGGCAGAAGACAAGUGAAGAUGAUGACCAUGAAGAAGUCUUGCAAAUUUUGAGACAGCAAAAUGUAACACUCGAUGCAAUUUUAUUAGAGCAACGAAGAACCAGAGAACUUCUUGCAAAACUGUUUUCAUUUCCGCUUAAUGAACAAUAAAUAAUCAUUAUUUAAAGC